UGUCAUUUCACAACUUCCGCCCAAGACAGUUUAAUAACAGUUUUUGUUGCUGUGAUGAAUUCUCCAGAAAAGACACGCAAUUUGAUGUCGAUGGUGACAGGUUUCAGGUGACACUUAAAUAAUGGCCGGUUCCUACGACAAACAUUGACUCUCAUUACGACACUUGUGUUGUUAACAAAAUGGCGAGUUUAGCUGAUGUGUUUAAGGACAAGGAAAGGACAAACUGGCUGAAAGCGUGGUUAGCCAUAGACAUUGCAAAGUCUGGCUUGGAACACUUCGCUGACAACGAGGCUCAGAAUUUUCACCAGCACAUUUACAGUCAAGUAACAUCUACUCUUAAGUCACCAUUAUCUACUUGCACCAGCUGUACCACAGACAAUGUAUGGUACAACAAACAAUGUCCUAUGCAGAUUUGCAAUAAAGUUUGUCAGGAAAUCAACAAUGAACAUCUGUAUAAUAAUAACAACAAAAAUAAAAAUUGUUGGUCUUGGAAGAAUACAUCUGCGAAGUUGUGGCAAACAAACUAUUGGGAAAUAGCAAAAUGUUAUUUCCCACCAGAUGGAUAUGCUGCCACGAGUUCAAUCCAAGAUACAGACUUCAACGGAGUGGUCAGUUUUUUGCUGAACUGCAAACGCUUUGAUAGCAAGUUCUCUUUUCCAAUAACAAAGGGAACGCCAACCCAAAGACCUGCCUGCCUCCUGUAUGAGGCUCGUGAAAUCGGGAAAGCUGUGCGUCACUCUUCGAAAAUGAAAGUCACAGACGUGGAGCUCAAUGACUACUUCAUGACAUUGUCCAGCCUGCUGAGUGAUUCACGAUAUCUACGUGGAGAUAGCGAUGCCCAAAAUGCUGUUAAGAAAUUAGCAGAGUUAAAAAAAGAUACCUUACUAUUGACUCCAGAGGAUUUGAUGUGUUUCCUGGAGGCUGUUGAUUCAACUUUGAAGAAACACUUGAAAGAUGUUGCCAAAGAUGUUGUUGAUGAAUCAGUGAAUGACCUCAGAGUAAACACAGCAUUUUGUAUGGAUAAAAUUAAAGGCUAUAUGAAUACAUGUAAGGAAGAGCUCGCAAAACAGGCAGAAUUGCAUAAACAAGAUUUUGAUAAAAACGCAAAAAAAAGCAUGAAAGAUUAUAAUGAACUGACAGUCUUGGGCAAAAGAGACUUUGAUGGGAACGCAGUCAAACGCACGCAAGCCUUUGAUCACAACUCAGAAAAACGCACGCAGGAGUAUGAUGAACACACAGUCACACGCACGCAAGCCUUUGAUGAGAACGCAGAAAAACGCAUGCAGGAGUAUGAUGAACACACAGUCUCACGCACGUGUGGAAAUACCACUUUCACUGAAACUUCCUACAAACAGUCCAGUAAAGAUAUGCUUGGAAAGUUGUUGGAGCAUUACAGCAAACGUUUCUGUCACGUAAAUACCUUUCCAUUGGAUGACUAUGUUCAGGAAAAGUUACGUGAUAUUUAUAUGCCACCGAAUAUACAACUUAUGGAUAAGGAAAGAGGGUUUUUCAAAAAAACUGGUAAACAGAUUUCGACAUACCAACAUAUUUUGUUAUCGGAUACCAAACCAAAUCAACAGAUAUUUAUUCAAGGGGAAACAGGGUCUGGGAAAUCUACUUUUCUUGCGAAAUUGGUCAUGGACUGGUGUAAAAUUACAUCAGAACAAUCAUCCGUGACGAUGCUGCCAAUUGAUGGCAAGACUUCUAGUGUCAACUCUAAUACACAGAUGAGAGACUCUAAUGUUUAUGACGAUUUAACGUGUCUGAAUGGCUUUAAAUUUGUCUUCCAUAUACAAUUAAGGGAAUCGGUUGAUCAGUUUGAUAUCGCGAAAAUUAUAAAAAAGCAGAUAGUUGACAGUAUAUACUCUUCUGAAGAAGAUCGCGGAAAGGCAUACAUACUACUAAAUGAGAUCAUGAAACGUGAACGUUGCUUGGUAUUACUUGAUGGCCUAGAUGAAUGGAUUGGUACUGGAGAACCUAGAGAGAUUGGUACUCGUCACAACCUGCCAAAACUGGCCGACGUACACAGUCAUUGUGUUUUGUUGAUAACUACUCGACCUUGGAAGAUGACAGGAGCGAAAAUACUUGACUCGCAGAUUGACAAACUGCUGCAACUUGAUGGAGUCAAAAACGUUUUUGAGGCAAGCAGAAAAAUCCUUGGGUGUAGGAAAGAUUGUAAGAAGAGACAAGAUUUAGACAAAAAACAAUCCGAAUUUGAAUUGUAUGUACAGAAAUAUGGCUUGUUAGAGCCUUUGCACUUCCCAAUGAUGUUGUGUCUGAUUGUACAAUUGUGGGCAGAAGGAACUGAACUUAAGGGCUCUAAGUGUGAAAUGUACAGCUUCUUGCUGGACAGUCUUUUUAAGAAGGCGACCAGUGAACCGAGUGAAUUUCAAGAGCCAACUUAUCGAUGCUUCACAGAGACCCAAUAUAUACAGCCCAAUAUUGAACACUUGAAUAGACUUGCUGAAGCGGCAUUUGAUUUGUUGUUUUCAGAUACACAAAAUAAAGCUCUAGUAUUUACAACGAAAGAAUUGAAGAAAUAUAAUUUAGGUGAACUAGACCAAAACAAUGUUGCACUGAAAUCCGGUAUUUUAUCAGCGAAACGUCAGGAACCUACAUUAAGAGCACUCCCGUCAUUUUCAUUUAUUCAUAAGAGCAUUCAGGAAUUCCUGGCGGCUUAUCAUAUCGCCCGUAUUACCCAUCUCAAUCUCAUUGAUGAUGUCAUUUCCGGAUAUCUUAACCGUCACAAGGAUGCAUAUCUUGACGUGUCCCAGGUUUUCAUCUUUCUGUGUGGACUAGACAUCAUGUCAGCGAAUAAGCUUUCUGGCAUGAUGGAUGAACACAAUAAUGCUAGUGUGAGAAGUGAGCUUUCUAAGAUCAUACUACUAGGAUCUUAUUUUAAUGAUCCGCUUUGUGACAUCAUACUGCAAGGAUACAGAGAAGCCGUUGCCAAUGAGCAAACUAACAUUGCCCUGACACUAAGUCACAUGUCCUACUGGAGAGACAAUAUCAGAGAACUUGACAGCUUGAAAAACGAUGUCAGAGACCUUCACAGCGUCUGGAAAAAUAACACACGCAAUCUAUUGUCAUUGAGCCUACACAUAAAAUUACCUGAUAUUGCAAUAGACUCUGAUGAUGAUAUUGCGGUCAGAGGUGGUUCACCUGCAACAGCUGAGCCUACAUCCCAUAUUGAGUUUGACAUGUCAUUCUGCCACAGGCUGGAAUAUUUAUUUCUAGGCGGGAACGGCAUUCGGCUUAAAGAUUCUGACAGUGCUGCUAGAUCAGAACAGCCGGUCUGGAUUGUUCUAGAAAGUUCAAAUCCAGUACUGUCCUCUAUUAAACACAUUUCAUUGGGGCAUAUCAAGUGUUCCUCCACUUGGCUUAACAGUUUGUUCAGUACGCUUCUGACACUGGACCAUGAGGUACAGGUGGGCCUGGACCAAUGUGACAUAUCAUCGCGUAUAGAGGGCGCAUUCAAUAGGAUGAUAGAUGCGUCAAUAGCGACGGACGUAAACAAAUGUCUGAAUCUCACAAACCUGGAUUAUUGUGAAGUAUUGGACGCCCAGGUUGUAGAGUUGUUGUUUAAGUCAGUACAGUUGGAAACCCUUAACAUUCAACUGAAUGCACGGAAUGAUAUCGAUCCCAGUCUGUGGGAUGCUCUGAACAGCCUUACUAUCAAUCGUGUGACACUAAGUCUAGAUAAUGUGUUAAAUAGUGUGUGGUAUGGUCCGAUAGUAAAUAAUGUAUCAAUGUUGUCGCAGGCUCUCCUAUCAAACAACACGGAAACUAUUUUUAUAUACCUGAAUGCCCAGCCCUAUCUGAUGGAUGCUAUGCAUGGUCUGCCUAUCAUAAGUCUGAGUCUGUUUGGCAGUGGAGAAGGUUUGGACAUUAAUCACGUGGCAUCGCUGCAGAAGUUGCUAUUUUCGCUCAAACAGCUGGAAAAGAUCAGUCUGCUGCAAAGCAACGAAAGUCCCGGUCUUUGGGAGGCUCUACAUAAUCUGAAUAUCAAGAGUUUGAGUCUGAAUUACAGAGAUGUGCAUAAUUUAUCGUCGUUUGCACAGUUUCUAGCUUCUCUAACACACCUUGAAACGUUAAAUAUUAGAGUGGAGUAUGGCAGUCAUCUCGGUCUGUGUGAUGCCCUCCACGGACUGAAUAUCAAGAGUCUGAGUCUGAAUGAUUCCAUGGGAAAUGGACAGCUGACGUUUACAAAACCAUGGUCUCGGCUAUUUCAAUCGCUUACACAGCUGGAAACGCUUAGUAUUGGAAUUACGGACUGGUCUAAAGUUGAGGCUUCCGCUUUUUUUCAGGCCUUCCACGGGCUGAAUAUCAAGAGUCUGAGUCUGAAUGGUUACAUGUUUUUUGGGUUAGAAGAAUGCACGAGUUGGCAUUGCUCGCAGCUAUUUCAAUCGCUUAUACAGCUGGAAACGCUUAGUAUGAGAGUGAGUCGUCGUAACUUUAAUUUGUGGGAUCUGGAAACGCUUAGUAUGAGAGUGAGUCGUAACUUUAAUUUGUGGGAUUCUCUGCGUGGUCUGCAUAUCACGCGUCUGAGUUUAAGUGGUGUGCAGGAAAGCUUGAAGGUAAACAAUGCUGAGUUGUUGUCACAGUCAAUAUCAUCACUAACGCUGCUUGAAACGCUUACAUUGCAUGUAUUUGCAUAUAUCGACCUACAACUACCUCAGUCAUUGAAGUAUUUCAAUUUCUACUGUACCGGAAUAUCUCCGCCAGAAUUACGCGACCUAGUGAAGGCACUGUCUGCGUGUACUCAGACAGUUGAGAGCAAGCUGGAAUUCGGUUGUGCACGAUGCAUAUAUAAAGAUAACCGGAGUCGGACAACUCUAUUUCCUCCUGAGGAAUAUAUCCCUGUCCAACUAGAACUGACUGUACAGAGGAAUAUCACAGUGAAGCGAUUCCGAAUAUUAGACCGGAUACGUGCCGAUAGAUGGUAUGAGUCUGCUGAUUCUGCCUGGUCGGUACGUGACAAUGUUGCUGUUGAGAAUGAUGAUUAUGAUGAUGGCAUUGUUGAUGAUGACACUUAUGACUUAUUCGUUCGACAUCUAGAUAGUGACUUCAAAUUUCUAGAUAUAAGAAUCAAAAAUCGAAUUUCCAUGCGAGUGCAGAGUCAUGCAGCUUCAAACUCUUGAAUACAUAUGUCCGUAAGACAAUCAAAACAUGAAUGCAUGCGUCUUCAAGACAUGAUUGUAUCAAAAUAUAUGUCUAGAACAGUUGUUGCACGUUUGAAUUACGACUGAAGUCUUUUUUCACUUAAUGCUUGUGUGUGAGAAAUACGCACAAUAUGUUCGAUGCUCAGUUUUUUCAAUAAGUAAUACAUUAACACGAACUUUACGUAGACUUGAUCAAUAAAAACACAAUAACUAAAUAGCAGUUAUACAAUGUGUACUAAAAUAACGACAGGUUCAGUCACAUUGAGCUGAAAGCGCAAUUUGCGCCAUGUUUAUCGCUGCUUCAUAAAUGUAACAAGUAGCAUGCCAACAAACUCAAGGACACGUUACAUAGACUUUAUCAAUCACAACACAAUAACUAAAUAGCAUUUAUACAAUGUGUAAUUCAAUACAUUACAUGUUUCAAAAGAAAAAAGUAUUCAGAUUUGAUUUAGUGCUCAUGUAAGCAAACGUUUCUAAAUUUAUACAUUUUCAAUUAGUACUUUGCAACAUGUGUUGAAUAAACUGUGAUCAAUUCCUUCAAUGGAAAUGAAACCGCGUGUCCUGUUAUAAUGUAGCAUAUUGAAAUCAAAGUGCGUGUGGUGUUAGAAUUCAUCAUAUUCAGAUCAAAGCGCGUGUCGCGUUAUAUUUCAUUAUAUAAUACUUUGUGACAUGUUAGAAUUCAUCAUAUUGAAAUCAAAGCGCGUGUCGCGUUAUAUUUCAUUAUAUAAUACUUUGUGACAUGUUAGAAUUCAUCAUAUUGAAAUCAAAGCGCGUGUCGCGUUAUAUUUCAUUAUAUAAUACUGUGUGACAUGUUAGAAUUCAUGAUAUUCAAAUCAAAGCGCGUGUCGCGUUAUCUUUCAUUAUAUAAUACUUUGUGACAUGUUAGAAUUCAUGAUAUUCAAAUCAAAGCGCGUGUCGCGUUAUAUUUCAUUAUAUAAUACUUUGUGACAUGUUAGAAUUCAUCAUAUUCAAAUCAAAGCGCGUGUCGCGUUAUAUUUCAUUAUAUAAUACUUUGUGACAUGUUACAAUUCAUCAUAUUGAAAUCAAACCGCGUGUCGUGUUAAAAUUCAUCAUAUAAUACUUUGUGUGGUGUAGGAAAUUAUCAUAUACUUCUUUGUGACAUGUAAGAAUUCAUCAUAUACUUUCUUGCUCCAUGUUAGAAUUCAUCAUAUGCGUCUAUGUGGCAUGUUAGAAUUCAUCAUAUUGAAAUCAAACGGCGUGUCGUGUGAGAAUUCAUCAUAUGCUACUUGGUGUCGUGUAGGAAUACAUCAUAUACUACUAUGUGGCAUGUUAUUAUUCAUCAUAUACUACUUUGUGGCUUGUUAUUAUUCAUCAUAUACUACUAUGUGGCAUGUUAGAAUUCAUCAUAUACUGCUUUGUGGCAUGUAAGAAUUCAUCAUAUACUUCUUUGUUGCAUGUUAGAAUUCAUCAUAUACUACUAUGUGGCAUGUUAUAAUUCAUCAUAUACUUCUUUGUUGCAUGUUAGAAUUCAUCAAAUACUACUUUGUGGCAUGUUAGAAUUCAUCAUAUACUUCUUUGUUGCAUGUUAGAAUUCAUCAUAAACCACUUUGUGGCAUGUUAGAAUUCGUCAUAUACUGCUUUGUGGCAUGUUAGAAUUCAUCAUAUACUACUAUGUGGCAUGUUAAAAUUCAUCAUAUACUACUUUGUUUCAUGUAAUAAUGCAUCAUAUACUACUAGCAUUCAUCAUAUCCUACUUUGUCUCAUGUUAGAAUUCAUCAUGUACAAAAUUGUGUUAUCGACUCAUUGUGCACACUGCGUGUUAUGUUUCAAUCGUAAGUCUACAUAUUUCCAUAGAAAAGUUAUUUUUUGAAAGGGGCAUAUCGAUGGGAUAUUCUCCUUAUACAGGGAUCUUUUAAAAUGUUGCAUGAUCCCUCUUUUCUCGCAUAAAUGUAUAUACAUGUAUUUUCGAUUUGUUUGGUAAAAUCGUCAAAUUGAACACAUUAACUUGUUCAAUAUAUUCUUCUCAUUUAAAGUCAGAAAAAAAUGAGCACUUUUUUAGAUGUAAACUGCAGUGCAGUACCUGGAUCGAUAGUGUGCAUGAUGGUACUGCAAUACAUUACCUUAAUCGAUAGUGUGCAUGUUGCUACUGCAAUACAUUACCUUAAUCGAUAGUGUGCAUGUUGGUACAUGUACUGCAAUACAUUACCUUACUUGAUAGUGUACAUGUUGGUACUGCAAUACAUUACCUUAAUCGAUAGUGUGCAUGUUGGUACUGCAAUACAUUACCUUAAUCGAUAGUGUGCAUGUUGGGACUGCAAUACAGUACCUUAAUCGAUAGUGUGCAUGUUUGUUGCAAUACAUUACCUUAAUCGAUAGUGUGCAUGUUGGUACUACAAUACAUUACCUUAAUCGAUAGUGUGCAUGUUGGUACUGCAAUAAAGUACCUUAAUCGAUAGUGUUCAUGUUGGUACUGCAAUACAGUACCUUAAUCGAUAUUGUGCAUGUUGGUACUGCAAAACAUUACCUUAAUAUAAAUUAAUAUAAUGUGCAUGUUGGUACUGCAAUAUAUAACCUAAAUCAAUAGUGUGCAUGUUUGUUGCAAUACAUUACCUUCAUCGAAAGUGUGCAAGUUGGUACUGCAAUACAUUACCUUAAUCGAUAGUGUGCAUGUUGGUACUGCAAUUCAUUACCUUAAUCGAUAUUGUGCAUGCAGUCGGUACAUUUCUUUCAUGACAAUUUUACUACUAUCGCGUUUUUCUGUGAAAUUAGAUAUUUUCCACGAGACAACUUGUUGAUUUAUAAAAAUAAACAUUUUGCAGUGGAUGUAAAAAAACACCUUUAAGUACAUCAACAAUGUAAUAAAUACUUAGCUUAAAAUAACCUUCUUUUUGAAAUGAGCCGCGCUCUCUGAAAACUGGAUUUAAUGCAUGCGAAUUAAGUGUCGUCCUAGAUUAGCCUGCGUAGUCAGCACAGUCUAACCGGUGACGACAAAUUUCGCUUUACCUGGAAUUUCAAUUUUAAAUUUAGAAGAGACUUCAUUUAUUCGAAACAAUCCAUAAAAGCGACAAGAUUCGUACCUUAUUAGCCAGUGCGGACUUUACAGGCUUAUCUGGGAUUAUUUGGACAGACACUUUACGCGAAUGCAUUACGCCCCGUAUUCCCACAGCGAGGCUCAAGUAUGUGAGUCUUUGACAAGAAUCUUUGAGAUCUAUCAAUGAAAUCAACUCGCCUUAUGUUAAAUGUUGUGAGUCUUUUAAAAGAACCUUUAAGAUUUAUCAAUGAAAUUCACUCGCCUUAUGUAAGUGGCGCACAAUUAGUAACCAUAGGAACGCCGAUAAUUUGUUUAAAUAUUUUACCAUUAAAUUCAACGAAUAAGUUUUCUAGAAGGAAAGUAAGUGCUGCACAAAAGUCAAGACAAGUCCAAAUGAUGUAAUUAUCUUAAAUCUGAUUAGUAAAAAAGCUGUUUUAGUGCUUAAAGCCAGAUAUGAACACUUCUCUCUACCAAAUAUUAUUUCAAUUAAAAAAACAACAAGUUUGGAUUUUAUUAUGAGGAAGCGUUGUAUAUAGAGUAGAAAAAUCGUACGUGCUUACUUGUGGCACCUUAUAUUUUUUCUAUUCCAUUUUAUCAGUUACUUCCAAAUGCUGUUUUUUGCUGUUUUGUACUUUUUUGGCAAUUGGUCACUUGCCUUUAAUAAAGGACCAACUAAUUGAAUACAAUGAGAAUUCAAUACUGCUCCAGCAGCUGGAGUUUCACUUCUUUAUAUUUGACAAGAACCUUUAAGAUUUAUCAAUUACAUCGACUUGCCUUAUGUAAAAUGGUGUGAGUCUUUGACAAGAACCUUUAAAAUUUAUCAAUGACAUCCACUUGCCGUAUGUUAAAUAGUGUGAGUCUUUGACAAGAACCUUUAAGAUCUAUCAAUGAAAUCCACUUGCCUUAUGUUAAAUGCCAUUCAGUUUCAACAGCUUUGGUUCAGGUUCAUGUGAAGGUUCUUUAUAUUAAUUAGAAUGUAUUUGUCAUAUUGUUUUAUUGUGAGACAGUUACCUCUUAUCAGUAUCGCUUGUGUUAUAGUUCGACUUUUCGAAGAAAAAUGAGAGCUAUACUUCUUUGCGUCGGCGUUGGUUAAAGAUUUUUAUCAAGUCAAAUAACUUUAACACUAUCAAAGAUAAUUAACUCAAAAUUGGAAUACCUCUUUAUGGCAAAAAGAAAAUAGGUCAAGGCGCAUAGCUCUGUCAGCAUUAUUUUUAGAGCUAUGCCCCUAUUUAUUCUUAGAAAAUUGAACAUUUGGUUACGUUUUGUGUUUAGAUCCACUUUAUUCCUAAAGUAUCAAAGCUAUUGCUUUCAUACUUGCAACACUUACAAACUAUCAUAAAGGGACUGUGCAGGCAAAGUAAUGUAACUCUGACUGACAAUUUGACAGAAUUAAGGCCCCUUUUAUACUUAGAAAAUUGAAAAUCCUGUUAUGUUAUGUGUUUUGGUCCAAUUUACUCCUAAAGUAUCAUAACAUUUUUAAUUAAUUUUAUUGAUAUACAAUGGUAGUGAUCGGUAGUUUCAUUGAUUUUUUAUAUUUUGUUAAAUGCUGUCUUAGUUGUUUUCCUUCAUAGUUAACAGUUUACCAUAACGUGUAACUGUAACGUGUGUAAAUAAUGCGUUGAUGAGAAAAACCAUGUAUAUAUAUUCAAAUAGGACACACUUAAGUGUCUGUAUAGUUAAUUGCUGGAUAUACCGCUUGGUGUUUCUUUUUUUAUUCAAGUUGAUAUGUUUUAUACAUCAUGCUAAGUAAAGAUGUGCUGUAUUGCGUCCUUAAAUCAAACUUCGUAAAUGUACUUGUCAGUGGUUAUUGUGUUGUUGCUUUAUGAGUUGUCUGCACCUCAUGACAUGUUAAGCUUUCCAUAACAAUACAUGUGCCCAUAUUUCUAAUGCAGUUACAUGUGUAUGCGUCCUUUGUGAUCGUUGUCUCUAGACAUAUCUUAUUGCAAUAAUAUGUAUUGAUAAAGCCCCCCCCCCAAGUAAAAAUAAAAUAAGUGUGAUCAAUAGACUGUUGUAUCAGCAAUGAUCCAUCUUUGUAUUAUGUAAUAUUAUGUACUAUAUAUUUUUCCGCCAAACGACGUUACGUUAUUGUAUGACGUUGACUUCACUUCCUUUGUAUUUGUUUAUAUUAAUGUACUACUGAUGAAGGCUACGGCCGAAACAUGUUUAGUACCAGAAACAUUUAAAUAAACAGUGACGUGUUUGUACGAUUUAUUUAAUUUUGUUAUUUCCUUCCAGAUACUAAGUAGAAUAACACCAAAAAUAUCAUCUGUGUGUUUAGAUAUGGUGGGUAUUGAGAAAGUGAGGCUUGAUCGAUGCACAAAAACAAUUUGUCACAAUAGCAGUCCUACUUGUGCACACACUGUUAAGUGUGGUGCUUGAGAUUACAUUUCAAAUUACUUUAAUUAUUUGAAUUCGUCUUGUAAUGUCAUUUGAAAAUUUAUAUUGCAUUAUGUAUAAUAUACACUAAAAUACCCAUCAAUCAUUAUAAGCAGAUGAUUAAGGGUGUUUCAAAAACAUGUUCAAUAUUGGUGGCAGAUAUCCUGUGUGUUAUAAUGUGUGUGAACAGUGUAAAUGACUAUCUUUUUUACGUAAAACGUUGUUUUUAAUUUUCGAUAUUUACUUUUGCCUGUAUAUGCAUAUUUUAACCUUUUAAAGCUUUACUUUUGGAUAUCAUGACGUUGUUUAAUAACAUGCUAACUUUAGAAUUUAACAAUUUUGCAAAUUGUUGUACAUAAAUAAUUAUGAGAUACACUUCAACACCGUUAUUUCGAAGUCGUCGGGACCGGAAAACAAACUUCGGAUUAACGAUUAUUCGAAAUAAACAUUUGACAUAAGACUUCUUUGACUCUGUACAAAUAAACCGUUGUGGAAUUCGCAUGGUUCGAUUACACGCUAAUAUUAAUAAUGGUUUUACUUAAAAACGUAAACUAGUCAGAUAGCAAUAGAUUUCUAUUUGUAACAAACGGAGGAAUAAAACGAUUGUUUAUUCUUCUUUUUAUUUUUCUCUAAUUACAGAACAUAUAAAAUAAUACAUGUAAAUACAUAGAGGAUAUUUGUUGGAUUCGGUGGAUUAUCGAAUUUAAUUCACGAGUGAUCAUUGAAAACAAUAUGUUCACGAGUGGCGCAGCCACGAGUGAAAAUAUAUUUUUUCGAUGAUCACGAGUGAAUUAAAAUCGAUAUUCCACCGAAUCCAACACAUUUUCUUUUUAUUUUGUGCUUUUAUUUUCACAGUUAAUACACAUUGUUAAAGAGUUUAACUAAAGAAUUUCGCCGGGAUAAUGACGUCAUUUCUUAAAAAAAUGACGUCAUUUUACAGUCAACAGUGAAAAUUAUCGAUAAUUUUCACUGAUAAUUUUCACUGUUUAAAACAGUGAAAUUAUCAGUUUUAGUUCACUGAUAUUACUCUAUAAACCACCGGAAAUCAUAAAAUAAAUAUGAGUACAUUUUCGGAAAUGAAUUAACUUUUUUUUUUAAAGACGCGAUGUCUCUCUGAACAUCGGCGUUAGCAGCAAUAAACUGGACGCAUGUAACAUAUUUCUCCAAUUUGUCAAGGACAUUCAACAAUUUACUUCCGCCCGUGUUUUGCUCGCAGAACUGCCUUACGUCGUUGAUGCGGUCACACAUUAAUUGGAUAUCAUGUUCAUUCUUGUGUUGUCGGCCUCGUCGUCGUCGCUGGAUUAAUCUUUUAAGUACUGCGUCCGCUGAUCGCUGACCGAUUAAGUCGAUGAGUCGCAGACGAUAAAUGUGUAAUUAUCGGUUUUUGACGUGUGAAAUUACGCUCAAUGUUUUGCAGUUUUGACUUCGGAUUAAAGAUUGAUAAUUAGGUGCGAAUUAUAGUGUUGGGACCGACAGAAUCACUUCGAAUUAACGAUUUCUUCGGUUUAACGAAGUUCGGAUUAACAAUUAAAUUUUACAUUAAACAAAGAAGAAACAAAAUCGGGACCCGGGAAAUACUUCGAAAUAAUGGUGACUUCGGAUUAUCGGUGUUCGAAAUAACGGUGUUGAAGUGUAAGUAGUUUCAUAGCGAAAUUAAGAUAUUUGCGAAAAUGACACUAACAAAACAAUGAAUGAAGUAUUUACCAAGAUUUCACAUAAUUUUCCUCUGUGUUUUCAUUUUUGUAUGUAUCAUUUGUUUUGUUAAUUUUAUAUUGUAUAUAAUUUGCCUACAUACUUGUGAAGGUAACAAGUAACUAUUAUAGGUAGUUUUUUUUAUUAAUAAAGUAAAUCUGUAGUGAAACAUUAUUAGCCGAUUUUGUUUGAAAAUAACAAAACACUUGCGACCAAGUAUAUCAGGCUGUAAGGUGUACACAUCGCCAUCUAAAAGACAGUGCAAAAAUAACGCCCUUAAUAAAACAGGUCAGCAGAUCUUUUUUACAAUUCUUCUUAUAGAUCUUUACAAAAAGUGCAAUGUAUGGUGUUCAUUUUUGUUUCGAUUUAUACACAUCAGUUACUGAACAUCGACAUUUAUUGGUGUUAAUACACAAACAUUGAUGAUAAAUUAUAUAGUUGCUGUUAGUCCAAACGCAAUGAAGUUAUCAAAUGAAUCAGCAGUACAUGUUUAGCGAUAAUGGAUGUAUGCAAAGUUAAUGUAGUUGUUGACGUAUCAACAGCACCCAAAUUAAAAAAGUCAGUCAAAUAAUCGCUGAACUACUACUCAUGUUCGACGUUUUAUUUUAAGAGUAUAUCAAAUUUAUUAUUUUAUCAACAUUUCCAAAACAUGCUUUAUUGUAUAUUCAAAUAUAAUUGUAUAACCAUUAUAUCGUUGUGUUAAAAUAUAGCGUCAAAUUGUAUUUGUAUUUUAAAUUUGUACGAUAAUAUUAAUAAUGUACAUUCAUUCAUCGAUUUUUCCUGCUUAUGUUUGUGUCAAACGUUCGUCUUUUGAGAUGCUAUUUAGGUAUGUAUACAAUCAAUUAUCCUUGUGCAGGUUUAAAGUUGGUUCUAACAACUACAUGUAUUAUAUAAUCCACAACAAGGAGACAACAUGAUUACAAAGUUAAUACAAUUGGAUUGUAUAUGAUAAUGAAAGCCGUAUUGUUUAGGAGUAGCCAAUUCCUUCAUGGUGUAGAUAUGUUAAUGCGUGUAAUGUAUUUGUUUAUCGUAUUAGAAAUUAUAAACAAAGUACACACUUAUGUGUUUAAAAAAUGGAUGAUUAGACUUACUAUAAGAAACGAAUGGAAAAGGCACAUCUCAAGAUUCAUAUUUUAAAAAAACUAAGCACAAUUUGUUUAUUAAAUUAAAUUGGUCAUUAUGUUAAUUGUUUGUCACCACACACUCAUAAUUCAAUUAUUUUAAUGUUUUUGACUUCGGAACUAAGCAGAUACAUGGUUUUGUAUAGUUACAAAAAUGAGAUUGCAUACAAAACAAUGUCUGCAAACUGAAUGUUAAUAAAGUCAUUAGGUUAUGGUUAUUUUGCUUGCUAAUAAAAUCUAUUAGCAAACAAAAUAACCAUAACCUAUUGACUUACUGAAAGUAACUGGAAAAAAUAUGUAUCUGCAUUUUAUAAUUAGACUGGGUUAUCAUUUUUUCUUGUUAGCUUAACAUAAGUAUAUAAAUAUUUACUACAGAAAAUAACGCACAAAAUUCAAUUGCGUCACAACGUAGAAAUUUGUUUAUGUUUUAACUACUUUUAAUGCCCCCGGAUCGAAUGAUCAGGGGUAAAUUAUUUUUGGCCUGUUUGUCUGUCAUUCUGUCUGUCUGUCAUUCUGUCCCAAAACUUUAACCUUGGUCAUAAUUUUUGCAAUAUUGAAGAUAGCAACUUGAUAUUUGGCAUGCAUGUGUAUCUCAUGGAGCUGCAUUUUGAGUGGUGAAAGGUCAAGGUCAUCCUUUAAGGUCAAAGGUCAAAUAUAUGGCUUCAAAGCAGCUCAGUAGGGGGCAUUGGUCUUCACAAACAGUUCUCUUUUUAUUUUAGUUGUAAUGCAUUAUAAAAUUAUGAAAUCCUGAUUUCAUAGCUUAUGUAUACAUUUUGAUUGAUUGAUAUUAUAUCAUGUUCAUUUCUCAUGUUUUUGUUAACGCAAUCACAAAUGUGGACGUAUUUGAUGGGCUGGAAUUAAAAUGUCUUGAAUUUACGUCAGAUCUUAACAUGCAAAAAAAACGUUCAAGAAUACAUCGUAAGAAGGGAUGGUUAAAUCAAGUGUCAAUAGUGUUAUAGUUACACCAAAACAUUAACGGAUAGAGUUGAAUUCGACUUACUUUGUAAUAUACGCUCCGUUGUUUUUCGAACAGGUUUCGAACAGAAAUGACAAAGUAACUAUAUACACUGUUUAAAGACUUUUACCUAAUGAGUUUGAUAUUGAUCGCACACAUGUUCCGCAUAGAGGAUGUGUAUUGAGAAUUGACCUUUGCUUUUCGUUAAAACAGUGCACGCGGAAUAGUAAGUGUAUACGAUUUUUUUCUAUAAAACCGUCUAUCUGUAUAAGAAUCAAAUUAUAACACAUUACAUUACGUCCCGUGUGAUUGCAAUAGCUAUGCACUCAUUUGAAGUAUUGUAUUAUAUAUAUUAUUAUUAUUAUAAGAAGCAGUAGUAGUAUUAUAUAGUUUAUAUUUUGUAUUCUAUCGUAUAGUUUAUUUUGCAAAAAUAGUUCUUUAAACGUGUUUACCAGCAAAACAUUGUGCAAGUAUGUAUAAUAACAAAGUUACACAAAAAUAACGUUUAAUAUGUUAUAAUAUAUUUUACAAGUACGUAAACAAAUAUGGCUUUGGUUUUGCUGUAGCUACACUAUGAAUUAUUAAGCAAUAUAAACGCUCAUCACGUGUAUAAAUGUAUUUUGUAUUGGAACAAUGCUUUGAGUCUUAGAUAUAAAUAAUGAUAGGUCAUUAAUAUAGCAUAUGUAUACAAGGCAGUUAACGGCGAUGUUAUUAAUGUGAAUAUCGAAUCAAGUGUGCGUAAAUGUGCACCCAAAGUCAAAAUCAUUUGAAUGCUUGAACAAUCAGAUGUUGUGUCUGCUUAUAUUCCAGAUUAUUUUGGGUAUUAAAGACUGGAUGUUAUUGGUUUAAAUCCGAUGAAUACAGAAUCAAUAUCUAAAGACCCACAACACAUAACUGUCUUGUUUAAGUGUGUUUUAGUUUUAGUCAUGUUUGCAUGUUUUUGUUUAUGAGGGACAUGUUCACAGAUCGCCAAGAAGAUUCAAAUCGAAUGAUCCCCUAAAAUUUCAAAUCCUAUAAGAAAAGUAUAUAAAUUGGAGUGAAAUGAUACAACUGCAAACAUGUUUCGUAACAAAAAAUAGUUUGAAAUUGGACAUUGAUACACUUGCUAAAAUAACACGAUUCAAUGGACAUUACUAAAUGUUCUGCUGUUUUCAUUGAAGUUUGGGAUAACAUGUCAAUCACUUACAAAAGUAAGACAUGUGUAAAUAUUAAACGUAUUCAUUUUUUACGUCGACAUAGCCAAAAGGUAACCGACGGGGACCUGUAAUUGGACAAAAUGAAAGCCCAGAGAACAAAUUAUUGAACACCCUCCUUAUGCUUUUUGUGUAUUUGAAAUUUAUUUGUUUGGAAUGUACUUCUAAUUGUCAGGUUAAGGAUAUGAAUGAUGAGCACGCAACCAAAUCUGUAAGCAUGUCCCGUAAAUUAGUUGUAUACUUACUAUAAGAUGUUUUUUGAAAUGGUGUUUUGCGGCUUUAGGGAAACUAAAACAGUUUUUAAUUAUGUAUUUUCUAGAAGUUUAAUACAUAACAUUCCAUUCGUAAGAAACGGAUUUAACGAUUAUAUCAAGAUAAAAUAAAAUACAUUGUACUAACAUUCAUAACCUGCACUCGACACUUCUGCUUUCGCGUGAAAAAUAAAGAUGCGUUAAAACUGCUAUGAGCGAUAUCUACGUAAAGUAUCCGUUAGCGCAUUUGCGCAAGUAGUCAUAAAAGUGUUCAAUAAUAAGUUCGCAUAUUUGAAUCGGGGUUUUCAAUUCUGGCUUUAGCUGUUUGUAAAUACAUGUGUUAGGUUUUUGGACAAAGUACCAUUAGAGGAAUAUGAUUGUUCGAUAGUUUUAAUUAUCUCGCUCUCAAUUAUAGAGAGUCGUAUAUAUUUCUCUUAAAAUCGCUCAAGACGUAAACGAACACGCGUAGGGUUAAAAGGCAAGCAGUAGCGAAUGAGAGUUGUUUUAAUCAAAGCCCCAAGACGCCAUGACAUUUACUGAAUAUUUACAUGUAUAUGCAUGCGUGGUAUAAUAGCUUCAACAUACUAGCAAUAAAUGUAUAAAAAAUG